UGAAGGCAGCAGUCACACUCACUCCUCCCUGCAGCUCAGCUGAACCCAGAACAUCUGGCAACAUGUCUUACAACUGCAGCUCUGGAAACUUCUCCUCCCGCUCUUUUGGAAACUAUCUGGGGAACUCAGUUUCCACCUGUGAUUCUUUCUACCCCACCAAUGUAGUCUAUUCUCCAAGAACCUACCAGGUGGGAUCCUCUCUCCAAGGUACCUGUCAGGAAACCUUCUCUGAGCCCACUGGCUUCCAGACAUCUUUCACUGUGACCAGGCCCUGCCACACAUCAUUCUACCACCCAAAGAAUUCCAUCUUCUUUAGCCCCUGCCAGACAAAUCACACUGGAUCUAUUGGAUAUGGAAAUGCUGGUUUUGGUUCUUUUGGUUAUGGAAACACUGGCUUCCACUCUGUGGGCUGUGGGUCCAACUUCUUCCGUCCAAGUUAUUUUUCAUCCAGGAGCUCCCAUUCUACUUGUUACCAACCAGCCUUUGGCUCUCGCUGUUUUGGAUCAAGUUACUAAGUAUUCUUCAUUGAUUCAUGAUUAUUUCUGCACUUUAUGGACCAUUAACCCUCAUUCUUCACAAUAUCUAUGAUCAUUGACAGUCUUCAUCCCUAGAUCUCAUCAUCAACAGCAUCCUUGAAGUAUAUGAUUUACCGUGGAGAGAGUAACUUUGACCUGUGACCGCUCCUAAAUCUGAAGUGCCUUGUAUCUUGAGUUUUGAUUCUCAUUGCAGGGCUCAAAAAUAUUUCUCGGAUUCUCUCAUUAUUCUACAAUUCUUUCAACCAAGUUUAUUUUGAGUAGAUAUAUUUUAAAUAAACUUAUUUCUCUAUCAUGAA